ACUUCUUCUAAGGCAACGGAGGCGGCUCCGUAUCUCACACGCAGAAGCUUCCAGUUAGUUCGCCAUUUAAUAAACUUACUCCAGUCGCCACUAUGUCUGCUCUGUGUUAUAACAAAGCAUGUGGACAGCGAUUUGAUCCCGAAAACAACCCAGACGAUGGCUGCACCUAUCAUCCAGGAGUCCCAGUAUUCCAUGAUGCUUUAAAGGGAUGGUCUUGUUGCAAGAGAAGAACUACCGACUUCUCCGACUUUCUAAGCAUUGUUGGCUGUACAAAAGGACCUCACAACAAGGAGAAGCCUCCUGAGCCGGUGAAACCAGAUGUGAUAUCAUCAGGAGACAACAAGGACACAGAUGACCAAAAACCAAAGUUUAACGAGUACAUCAUUUCCGCACCAAUGCCUCAGGAGGCGAUACGCAGACCAAGUCCUGACGAGCCGAUGGUGAGAUUGCAGCAUAAAGUCUCGACCUCCCUGAAGCAGGCCCUGGAGAAACUCAAACUUUCAGAAAAUUCAGCAGAAGAGAAAGAGGAAGAAAGUGACGAGAUCAAGAUCGGAACAUCUUGUAAAAAUGGAGGAUGUACUAAAAGUUUUGAUGGACCUGCAAGCGACUCAGAAGUGUGCUCAUCACAUCCUGGUUUUCCUAUUUUCCAUGAAGGGAUGAAAUACUGGAGCUGCUGUAAGCGGAAAACCUCAGACUUCAACACUUUCCUCUCUCAAGAGGGCUGCUUCAAGGGGACACAUCUAUGGAGGAAAAAAGAUGAGGGUAAGAAAGUAGUUCCAUGUCGAUUUGACUGGCACCAGACCGGGGCACAGGUCAUCAUUUCCAUCUACGCCAAGAAUGGUGUCCCAGAGCUGAGCUUUGUGGAUGCCAACAGCACAUCGCUCGAUAUCCAUAUUAUAUUUGAGGGAGAGAAGGAAUUUGCGCAGAAAAUCAGCUUGUGGGGAGUGAUAGAUGUGAGUAAAAGUGCAGUGAACAUGAUGGCUGCAAAGAUCGAGGUUGUCAUGAAGAAGUCCGAGCCCAUGUCGUGGGCUCGACUGGACCUCCCACCCCCUGUCCCCCCACCCAAGGAGAGUGACAAGAAAGAGGAGGAGAGUGAAAGCGAAGAUGAAGAUGAAUGAUGAGGAAUUAAAAUGCAAUCAUAGAGUUCAUUUUUAGCUGAAUCCAAGGCCGUGCAGUCCAUUCCUUGAAUCUUUAAAGAGUCUGAACUUUGGCCUCCACUCUUUAAAGUCACAUUGCUUUUACCCUUUCAUUCUUUCAUGUCAUCCUACUUGAUUUUUUUGUCUGGUUUUCCAAACGUUUUGGGCCUUUUAACUGGUUGUCGUAUAUGUUGGAAUGCUAGGGACACAAAAUUAUUUUUUAAACAGUUUUUCACUCAAGCACUGAACGAUAUCUAAGGGAACACCAACUUUUAGUUCACUUUAAUGAAAGUCAGACAAACUUGUUAUUUACACUGAAAUUCACUGGGAAAAUAAACCCAUGCAGUUAGAUGAGAGCCCAGUGUGACCACGCUUGAUCUCAGACCCAUAAAACCUUUCAUAUGGACUAGUCACAACAAUUCAUCUUGUGGACCACAGUUGUUACUGGUUUCUAUUUCAACAUGGUUGGGUUAAAGAUUAAUUCCAUCUUUAGAUUUUAUAAAUUUAACUGAUCACACUGCUCUGCAUAAAUGCUUUUGUCACAGAUAUAUACCCAUGUCAGAUAAAGAUUCUGUAGUUUGAGUAGAAAAUCUGGAAUUCCAAGGUGUCCAAGCUUGUAAAAAGUUUACUCUGAAUAAAAUAUGUACUACCAAAUCAGUUAGUUCCCUCUGGCUCUUACAAUCAGUUUUACAGCUUCAUUCCCACUCGAACCUUUCCUCAGUUGUUUUUCUUAAUUGCUCCAGUUCUUCUUUUAUUUUUUACAUGAUUAUAUCUGAUGUAUAUUUUGUACAAGUUAAACAUCAAAAUGAUCCAAUCUUCUAUUUAUCUAUUUUCUUGUCAACAUAUAGCGCAGUUUUAAUAAUGAGAAUGUACUGUAUAUCUGAGAAUGCCAUUUGAACACGUGGUAUUUUAAGCAAAGUACUGUAUAAUUAAAAAUGCCUUGCUAGGCAGCAUGUCUCAAGGAUUGGAAUGUAUGAAUUAUAUUUGGCUGAAUGAGGCCAUGAUGUAAGGAGAUAAUGAAUAUGGAACCAAUUCAUCUUACCAAAAAUAAACUUGUGUUGAACUUUUUUUUUAAAA